ACACAACAAAAACUUGCGUUGUAUUAAUUCGACGCUAGAGGGCGCUACCAUGUCUAGUACAAUAUUAUCUCUCACCCGAACAGCUGUAAGUAGAAACAGUUGUCUGCAGAAGAGUGCGUGAGGUGUGCGGUUGGCGGUUUUCCGGGAUUCCCUUGAUCCUGAAUGAAAAUCAUUCGCGGUGUUGAUAGAAAAUUGUUCAAUGUUUUAUUGAUUCGUUCAGCAGCAGCCGCCGUACCGGCGCACUGCACCACACAGUAUUCGGUUGGGGAGACAUCUCAGGACAAUUAAUAUGGCGGAUUAUUGGAAAUCGAACGCCAAGAAAUACUGCGACUUUUGCAAGUGUUGGAUUACUGACAAUAAACCUAGUGUGGAGUUUCAUGAAGGCCGUCGACAUCAAGAGAAUGUCUCCAAGCGUCUGAAACAAAUCACCCGGAAUAAUACAAAGAUUGAACAUGAUAAUGUUAAAAUUGACGCGGCCAUGGCCAAAAUGGAGGCGGCCGCCAUGGAUGCCUACCGCAAGGAUGUGGAGAACAACGCGGAUAUGACCUCACGUGCGAUUAAUAAAAGAUUGCAGGAUGAGAAUUUAGAAGUGGCUGGCUCCAGCGCCGGUGGUAAGAAAAUAUGGAGGGAAGCCAAGUCUGAUAAGGGGACGUAUUAUUGGAACAUUUUAACUAAUGAAUCGGUAUGGGAACCACCCAAAGAAGGUUAUUUAUCAAUACUGGAAGCUAAGGAACUAGAAGAGUUGGAAAACUCGAAAGCCUGGAAGUCUUACAAUCAGAAAUUGAUAACUAAUACACGGUUACAAGCUCAGGAAGAAAAGAAAGUAUCAGAAGAAGAACGCGCUAGAUUAGCUAGGGAGAAAUUGAAAGAAAGGCGGGUUGAGCAGGAAAAGCCUGUGGUCGCUGCUCCACUUUUAGAAGAAGGAAAAACGAAUCCUUAUGGACGUUGGCAAACCGUUCAGAUAGUUGAGCAAGAACCUGAACCAGCAACUGUAGAAGAGAUACCAUUACCGGAAGUACCAGUGGAAGCACCACCUCGGCGAGAAUUUAAGGAGAAAACAGUGGAGGCUUUAGUAGAUGUUGCUGGAAGCACACAAUUUAAGAAAAGGAAACAGAAUGGCGUUAACAAGCGUCAACGUAACACACGCGCUAGAAUAGACGAUGAUUAAAUAUGUAUACUUUAUUUUACUUAGAUAUUUCAUAACACUCUGUAUUUUUCUACAUCAAUAUUAUUUUUAAGUUGAA